UUCUAGCGUGUAUACACCCCCGCCCACAUAUAGACACACACACACACUGGCCCUGAGCAACAACUGUCAGAACUGGAACUUUGAGCUGUAGGUGAAACGACAAAGCGGUGGUGGUGAUAGACCUGUCCUGUCUAAGACAUUAAGCAGACUGAGAAAGGAAAAGAGAUUAAAAAAAUUAAAAGACCACGAAUGGUAUAUGGAUCUUACAAAUGUAACUUGAACAAGAAGAGAGAAAAACAAAGGUGUGGAGAAGAUGGUGUGCCGAUCCUGCCUCAGCAGGUAAACUUCUGAGGAGGGCCUAUCCUGAGCCUUGAUUCCAGCUUGAUUCCCUCAAGGGUGAAUAGGGUAAGAUGACGUCCUUACACAGUCUGGGCCUGGUGCUGGUGGAGUUUGAAUAUGAAUACGAGGGACGGGAUGGUCACAUGGUGUCCAUUAAACCCAACGAGCGCUACAUCCUCCUGGCCAAAACAAACAAUCACUGGUGGCACGUUUGCAAAGAUGAACGAGCCAAGCCAUUUUAUAUCCCUGCUAAAUACGUAAAGGAGCUUCCACCUCUAGACUUCAGAGAGCCUGCUGUGAAGCCUGCGGUGCCUGACCUCACAGAGGCCCGCAAAUCAGAUGAGGUGAAAAUUAGACUUCACUCCAAAGAGAAUUACCGCAAGACAGACAACCGCAUGUCGACAUUUGGAGUUCCUUUGGAUUUACAUGAGCCUCCUUCUUAUAAACAUGGCGGACCUUCAGACUCCCUCAUUUCCCUGAACACGGUCUCUGCCUCAGACUCAUCACGUCCGAAGAAGAGGAUGAGUCAAGCAGCCAAUCUGCUGUCCGGCUCUCGCACUGAAACGGUGCCUGAAAAGUUUCGAGUGCCCAGCUUCAGCCCAGCUGACCCCCUACAUAAACCUAUCCCUGUCAAACCUGUGGAGCUCCCCAUCAUCAAGAACCUAAAUGAGACCAAGCCUCACAGGAAGUCUCCAGAGCUGGAAUCCCCAAUAACGCCAGAAAGUGAAAGCUCUAGCUCAGAACCACUGCCAUCACCAGACUCUGAGAAUAUUUAUGAAUCCAUAUCGGAUCUGAAUCUGGACCUGUCGACACUGACAGACAAAGCAACUGCUGGAUUGCCAAACGCUCAGACCAACACAUCAUGCUCACCUCUAACAAUAAAGACAGAGAAUGACCCCACCACGGCAGUGUAUGCCAACGUUACUGACCUGAAGAAGACUGUUCCUUGCCCUUCAAACUCCUCUGCCUCAACGUGCUCGUCGCCCGGCAUCCCCCUCAGUCCUUCUCCAGACUCCGCCUUCCCGACCAACUCAGACGAAUGGCAGGUCCAUACCGACCACGACAGCGGUAAGGAGUAUUACUACAACCCUGAAACAGGACAGAGCAGUUGGUCUGAUACCCGAAGCCCUGAAGGUAUGGAGUCCGUGUCCUUCCCCACACCUGUGUCCACCCCAUCCUCUGCACACUCGCAGGGCUCUGACUGGGAGCAGCUUUUGGAUGAGACCACUGGGAGACAUUAUUAUUAUAAUCACAUUUUGAAGCAAACCUCUUGGAGUGCCCCAGAGCCAUCGCAGCCUCCAUCCUCCACAGACAGGGCACACAGUCAUGGGAAGGAGGCAAACGCACCGCCACCUCUUCCAGAGGAGGACUAUCCAACAAAUCAAUGUGAGGAUUCCCAUAUUUCUCUUCAGCUCCCUAAGGAUUUCCAGUUGCCCCAAAUCAAGCACGCUGUCAUCCCUAGGGCUGCUGUGGACAUGCAUAAAGACGUCCCCGUGGGCUGGACUGACUCUGUAGGGGCCGAUGGAAAAUCUGUCUUCACAAAUGAACUCACACAUGAACAGUGGAUCCAGUCUAAGGAUGACAAAGGGAAGAUGUAUUACUACUUAAAAGAUGGGUCUAAAUCUCAGUGGAGCCUUCCAGAGGUCUGUGCUUCAGUCCCGCCUGGGCAGCCAAUCAGUGGAAAUGGAAUAGAACAAAAUGCUCACCCCGUUUUGAACAACUGGAGACACACCCAGUUUAACGUAUCUCAGGAAGACCUGCAGAAAUUUUCCCCCUCACACAGGCGGAUCGCCUCCGACAAUGUCAGUGAUGCAUCUAGUUCAGGGAAUUCACCAGAAUCACAGCAUUAUGAUAAAAGGUUAAGACGGUGGAGGAACCUGUCCAGUCGCAGCACAGAUUCACAUUCUCAUCAUUCAUCACUGGAGAAGGCUGGGAUUCUCAACAAGACUAAAGUUGCUGAGAAUGGAAAAAGGCUGAGGAAGAACUGGGCGCAGUCAUGGACUGUUCUCCAUGAUGGCAUACUCACUUUCCACAAAGACCCUAAAUUUACACCCACAGGGAUGUCUACCAAGAGCAAUCAGAUCGUCCCAGAGUACACAGUGGAACUGAAAGGAGCGACUUUAUCAUGGGCGUCUAAAGAAAAGUCAAGCAAGAAGAAUGUUCUAGAGCUCAAGACACGUCACGGCUCUGAGUAUUUGAUACAGUAUGACACAGACAGCAUCAUACACGACUGGCACAAGAUCAUUCUGGACACCAUCAGACUGCUGCAGGACCAUAACCAUUUCUCAGAGGACGAAGUGGAAGAUAUCCCAGAAAAACCUCCAUUACCUGCAGAUAAAGAAAGGAAGAAUGAAUCAUCAAGACUGAGUUCUUCAAGUAGCAUAGACUUAGAUCAGGGCCGUGUUCGCACCAAGCUGCGCAAGUUCCUCCAGCGGCGGCCCACCCUUCAGUCGGUCAAAGAGAAGGGCUACAUCAAAGAGAAUGUGUUUGGCUGCCACCUAGACACCCUCUGUCAUCGGGAAAACACUACCGUGCCCAAGUUUAUGGACAAAUGCAUAAGAUCUAUUGAGAAAAGGGGUCUGAAAAUAGAUGGAAUCUACAGAGUGAGCGGGAACCUGGCUGUCAUCCAGAAGCUGCGGUAUAAAGCAGAUCAUGAAGAGGCUCUGGAUCUGGAGGAUGGCCAGUGGGAAGAGAUCCAUGUGAUCACUGGAGCUCUGAAGCUUUUCCUACGUGAACUUCCUGAGCCUCUUUUCCCCUUCAGCUUUUUUGAUAGGUUCAUCGCUGCCAUUCAAAUGAGUGACUACAGCCAGAAAGUGUCAUAUAUUCGAGAUCUGGUGAGAAACCUGCCUUUGCCCAACCAUGACACCAUGGAGGUUCUCUUCAGACAUCUUCGAAAGGUGAUUGAACAUGGUGAGCUGAACCGCAUGUCUGUCCAAAAUAUGGCCAUCGUGUUUGGCCCAACGUUGCUGAGACCACAGGAGGAGUCCAACAUCACCAUGCACAUGGUCUUCCAGAACCAGAUCGUGGAGCUGAUUCUCAACGAGUUCACUGACCUCUUCCAAACCAAAUGAAAUCACCUGAUGGAAGAGAAGCGAAUACAACCAUUAGCACCAUCUCCUCAUAUUACCAAAUGAACAAGAUUACCGACUGUUUUCCAUCUACAGAUUGGAUAUUGACUGCCCCAAUCAGUCAAAACCAAAGAUCAUCACCUCGAAACCGCCUUGUUCUUAAAUGCAAUGUGUAUUUUUGGUCCUGGCGAAAUCAAGAGAACAAAAAGUCGAAGGGAUCAUCUGCCAAUAUGAUCAAAUUUUUAUAAAUGGGUAUAAAGAAGGAAAAUUUCUAAUUUGUCAAAAUGUCAUGUUUGAGAGUUGUUGAGUCCUCAUUAAGAAAUAACUUACUAUAAUUGCUUUAAAGGUAUUAGACAUACAGAGCACAUACGUGUACAUGUUACUGAAUAAUAUACUGUAUAUUAUUGCUACACACCAAAAACUGUUCCUGUGGAACUACAACAUUUUUUUCAAACAGACAAGGUUUUUCCUUUGAGAUGUCAGUGCUCCUCCAAAAAUGUAUGAACAUUUGGUUGAUUUGUCAUUUUUCUAUGAGCAAAUUUUUCUCUUGACAAUGAAAGCUGGAAUGAAUGUGUGCUUAAUCUCCAGUAGCACUUCUGCAUGAACUUUAUUGUUGAGGAGACUGAGAAAAGAAAAUGUUUAUUAAUCAACUGUUUCACUAACAUUUUCCUACCAUCUUUAUUGUUAUAAAAUGCUGACAGUACAUUGUACAGAAGUGUGAAAAUUACCAAUGGAACAUUUUGCAGUAAAGUAAACUUUGGCUGUGCAUUGCAUGUUAAAAACAAACAUUGUGGAUGUAGACUAAAGCUGUACAUAUUUUAAAUA